ACUAUUUAAUAUUUUUAUUUUAAUUCUUAUUUGCUACUACCUGUGGUGUUUUGUAAUUAGUAUUUACUCACUGCUAAAUAUUAUAUUAUAUUGGUAUUUACUUUUAGAGAAUAAAUUAACAAAAUUAAUUCUUUGUGAUCGUAUAAUGGUUACUUUUUGAACGCAGUGUUUAGAAUAACUGUAUUUGAAAUAAUAUUAUUUUGUUUUAAUUAUGGCUAUUCUAUUGAUCUAAUGAUAUUAAAUUAAAAAGAUUUUAAAAAAUCGAUUGGAAGCAUUGAAUUUGUGUACUUAGAUAUAUAAAUAUACGGGAUAAUUGGGAUGUAUUGAAAUAAUAAAUAAUAAAACAAUUAGAAAAUCAGAAUUGAAAAAUGGAAAAAAUUACUUUACUUGAGUCUUUUAAUAUCAGUAAAAAGAACAAACAAAUAAAUGAAAAAGAUUAUAAUAAUAUUAUGGAUUUAUUGAAUGAGUUAUCUGAACUUGAUCCAAAAUGUUUGUCAGAAGAUGAUUAUGAGAAAUUAAUUAAAUAUUUGCCUUUAUCUCCUACACAUAACAAUCAAGUUUUAGCUGCCGGAUGUAAUGUAAUUGCUUCAUUAUGCUCAGUUGACCUGGCAAGACAUUAUUUUGGAGAGAAAAUAACCGUGGCUAUUGUGAACAUAUUAAAAUCACUUUCAAGUCGUAUUAAUAAAGAUAAAUAUAUUCAAGAAUGUUUGCUUCAAACAUGUCGUGCAGUUGGGAAUCUUUGUUAUUACCAUGAGGAAAAUACUAAGUGUGCAUUAAAGGAAGGAUGUCUUUUAAUUACGAUGGGACUUUUGAAAACAAACAUUAAUGAAAACAUUCAACCGGUCGUCAUUGGAUUAUUAUUAAAUUUAACUCAUUUGGAUGACUAUAAUUAUAAGUUUCAGGAUAAUAUGAUUGAAGAAUUAAAUUUAUAUGGGAUUCAAUACAUGGAAUAUAAGAAUAAUAACUAUAGAUUUUAUAUAAAUUUGGUAUCAGUAAUGAUCAAUAUUGUUAGAAAGUCCUCAAGUAACACUAAAAUAACAGAUUAUGAAAAAUGUUAUUUUAUUGAUCGUUUAUUGGAAACAUAUAAUAUGCACAUCAAUAUUACUUCCAUUUGUAUUAAAUUCAUUAAACAAGUGUCUAAAACUUAUAAUGUUUAUAAUUGGAUAUUAAAAGAAAAACAUAAAACAUUAAUAGAAGUAUUAGAUAAAUAUGAAGAAAAUCAAGAAGAAGAUCCAAAACGUAUUGUUAAAAAAAUAUGUGAUAUCAUAAUUUUACUUUCCAAUGAUGAUGGUUCUAUGGAAAAAAAUAAACAACUUGAUGUUUUAUACUUAGUAGAAUGGCUACUUAAAAAACUAAAUUCUAAUAAUUUAUAUGUGAAGUUGUCAGCUGUAAGGUCAUUGGGAAACUUUAGUAGAUUUAAAUAUGAACCAAUUCAUACAACUAUAAGUCCUGCAAACAUUAUAAUGAAACAUUUAACAUGGUUUAUAAAUAAUUUAGACCAAUCAAUCAAAGAUAAAAAUUCAUUGAUGGAAGUAUCUAUACUUUGUUUGUUUAAAAAUAUUUUAUAUGUUACAAAUUUUGAAUCUGUGUAUGAGAAUGAUAUAGAUAAAUUGAUUAAAACAACUAUUGAUGUUUUAAAUCACACUACAUUUAAUCCAAUAGUAAUGAAAGGCUUGGACGUAAUAACAUAUAUCAUAAGAAAAGGUGGCAUUAAUCAAAAACAACUUGUUUUGUACAAAAAUUCAACCUUUAUAAAAUUAGUGACUACACAUUGUAAUAGUGUUGAUGAAGACAUUCAAAUAUUAGCUAAAAAAUUACUUUAUUCAAUUAAUGAGGAUAUAAAUGAAUCUGAAGUUAUUGGAUCAAAAUCUGUGGAAGAUAAUAUAUAAACUUAAGAUAAAAUUUGAACACAAUUUGAUACAUUAUAAUAAUAUGUAAUUAUUUGCCAAAAACCAAAUUGGAUACAUUAAAAACAUUUGAUAUUAUUCUUGUAUGUUACAAAAAGUAUUUAUUAAACACCAUUAUUUUACUUAUUAAUUAGCUAAUAAUUUAAUUUUGUUUAUUAUGUUGUUAUACUUGUUAAUAAAAUGAUAACUAUUUACUAUAUUCAACCUAA